AUGGGUGUUCUGGCUCGUGUCAAGAAGAACAAAGUGGCGGCGGUCAUUAUAUCAGUAUUUGACUGGUAUCGUACGUUGUUAAAUUCUGCUUACUCCUUGCUGCAUUUGAAAGCUGACGAGGGUCAUAAAGCCUCCCACUACCCGAUUGAAGAGAGGAAACUACUCCGAAAGCUCGACCUCGCUAUAUUAAUAUAUGGUUGUUUAAGUUUGAAACAGAGGUCUACGUACUUACCACAGUCACAGUCUUCUGCCGAGUCAGUAUCACUUCUUACCUCAAACAUUGCCUUGAAUUAA